AUGGGUUAUGACUACUGGCUGGUGCACUUGACGUGGACAAUCCCUCCGGCGGCCUUGUUCACGGUUGCAUAUUGGCCAUUUUUCACGCGAUUGGAGAUUUGGAAGAUUGUCAUUUUGAUUAAUGUAGCGGUUUAUGCCACGAUACCGUGGGAUUCUUUUCUAAUUCGUAAUCGCAUCUGGACGUACCCGGCCGAUGCUGUGGUCGGAUGGACAUUGUUCGACAUCCCCAUUGAAGAAUUGUUCUUCUUCGUGAUUCAGACCUACUGCACAAGUUUGCUUUACACGAUUCUCACCAAACAUCUGGUGCUUCCGUCCUUCUUGCUUGACCGCUCAAAACCCGGGGCGAAGAAUGUGGGCGCCGCGGCCAUCAUCGCCGGAAUCGGCUUUGGCGCGGUUUGUAUUAUGAUGCAGAGCAAUCUGACUUAUAUGGGACUGAUUUUGACGUGGGCCUUGUCGGUGAUUUUAUUCCAAUGGUGUCUGUGCGGGAACUUUUUGCUCUCUUUCCCCAAAAAGCAGAUUCUCAUGUCUGUGUUGAUACCAACCGCGUAUCUCUGGAUGGUCGAUCGUUUGUCGUUGCAGCGGGGGACCUGGGUAAUUGAAAAAGGUACCAAGCUGGACAUUCAAUUUUGGGGGUUCCUAGACAUUGAAGAAGCCACUUUCUUCCUGCUGAGCAACGUCAUGGUGGUAUUUGGCAUGGUCACCAUGGACCAUGCCAUUGCAUUGGCCCAGUAUGAUGUGGUCACUUCGGACUCACCCGGAAGAUCGCUCCCGUCUCUGGGUCAAAUGGCCUAUUCCUACAUGGCUCAGCAGCGAAAACCUCUUGACGAGGGUUUUUUAGACGGGCUUCGCGCGGCGGUGACGGAGCUGUCUCGCAAAAGCCAGAGUAUGUACCUGGGCAGCGCGAUGUUCCAAGACGGACUUCGAGUUGAUCUGAUCUUCUUAUAUUCGUUCUGCCGAGUCAUCGAUGACCUGGUGGAUGAAGCUCCCAGCCGUGAAAAGGCCCAGGAGAGCAUCAAGGAAGCCUCUCAAGUGCUGCACUGGCGAUUUUCCGAAAAAAGCCCCAAGAAGCCCUUGUAUGAUUAUCUGCAGGCUGAUAUGGACCGGAAGCAAGCCCUUCAGGCGUCUCCAUUGCUCCACUCUAUCGCCUUGUUGCCAGCCUCACGUCUGAGUCUUGGUCCCCUUCUCGAACUGCUUUCGGGCUUUGACAUGGACCUGGGAUUCUCCUUUGAAAAGCGGGAAUUCCCCAUCGAGACUGAGGAUGAUCUUGAGGUCUACGCGCAGCGUGUGGCGGGUACCGUCGCUGCGGGUCUCCUCGAGCUGGUCUUCAGCCACACCGACGUCCAGUACAGCGCAGAGAAGCAAGAGCAAAUCAUCGAUGCCGGCCAACGGAUGGGUCAGGCCCUGCAAUAUGUCAACAUUGCACGUGAUAUCAAGCGUGACGCGGCCAUCAAGCGCGUCUACAUCCCCACCGCUUGGCUGAAGACGAAAAACCUGACGCCCGUCGAUGUGAUCACUAACCCGGACAACCCGGCCCUGGCUUCCUUCGAGGAUCAGAUGCUCCUCAAGGCUGACCAAGCGUAUCAAAUGAGCGUGAAGGCGAUUGAUCAGCUUCCCAAAGAUGUGCGCGGACCCAUCAAGACCACUAUUGAAAGCUAUAUGAUGAUCGGACAGAUGGUGCGCAAAGCACGACGGGAAUCGAUCAAGAUCGAGGGCAAGCUCAAGGUCCCUCUUUGGCGGAGGUUAAAGCUGGCUUGGACGGCCAUGUACGUUAAUCACUAG